GAAGCUUUUCUCAUCUUCAGGGUAAGCUUCUCUGCUGGAGGAGGAUUGGCAAUUGAGUAGGCAGCUGUACGAAUGGCGCGUCUGUAUGCGAGAAACAGAACUCUUCUCAUCUUUACAAAUAUUAAUCUACUUAAUUAUUCUUCUCUUCUUCUCAGAGAUUAAAUUCUAUAUCUCUUGCAAAAUCUCUUCUUGUGCCACUUUCUACCAGCUACCUCAAGCUCCCCAAUGCUCGUUAAAUGCAAGAUUUAUGUUUGUUGCAUUAGAGGGGUAACAUAAACCCCCCUUAGCGGCAUUUCCACUGCCAAUCAAAACCCGCCAUGCAACUAUCCGAGCAUCUCCCCCCACCAAACAU